CACUACAGUGAAGAUGGUUAACUUUGUUAAAGCAAGGCCCAUGAACUCUCGUGUACUUUCUGCAUUAUGCAAUGAUAUCGGCAGCGACCAUGUAACGCUUUUACAGCAUACGGAAGUGCGCUAAUUAUCAAGGGGAAAAGUAUAGACACGUUUUUUGAAUUGAGAGACGAGCUUAAAAUGUUCUUUACUGACCAUAAUUUUCACUUUUUUGUUCACUUGCUAUCUAACUGGGAGUCUCGUGAGUGAAAACAUCCGAAGCUCAUCAAAGGUGGCCUGCCGGAGAACUUCCCUGUGUGUAAGGAGCUGCUUAUUCCCCCUGGUACCCAGAACUAUGUGGUGCUAUACAACGCCAACAAACGCUUGUUCUGUCUCACCAUCCACAUCAUCACAGGAGGCGCUCAAGAUCCUCAUCUUAGCGCCUUACUGGCUCUUCAACAAGACCGGGACCUUGUCGGAUGGGUGGAGCAAGACCAUCAACAACCGACAUCAGAGCAAACGAGUACAUUCGUUACCAGGGAGCCACCAGCGGAGAGCAUCUGGUGGCCUGGAAUCAUGGAUUGGCUCAUGGUAUCAUCAACGUUUUGACCAGCGUCAUCACGUCCACAGUGGAGGGGGUGAAGACCGAGGGAAGGGUCAGUGGCUUGUUCUCAGGCUUGGGGAAAGGCCUGGUUGGUAUGGUAACCAAGCCGGUGGCUGUAGCCCUGGACUUUGACUCGGAGCCAGCACAGACGGCGCAAGACAUGUCCAGCCUCAGUAACCACAGGUUGAGAGUGCUGCGGGUGAGGAAGCCGCGCUGCUGUAAGGGACCCCAGGGCCUGCAGGCCCGCUCCUCCUCCACCCAAGCCGACGGACAGUAGCAGCUCUUCCACCUCACUGACAACAUCCACUCUGAGUUGUGAGUCACACUCCUGCUCUGAGCUCCCAGAGUUAAGCCACUAUCUGGCCAGUCACAGUGGCCAGUGUGUGCAGGAUUUUGUUUCCAGCCCAGCUCUAACACACUUGAUUCAUCAUAGUAUUUAAUUUAGACCACGAUGAGUUGAUGAGUCAGGUGGGUUAGUGAUGGGCUGGAACAAAAGCCUGCUGAAGGUGUUUGAAAAAGACAGCUGAAGGUUUGGAGAAAUAGCCAUCUCUGAUUAAUAUUGCGUCACAUGGAAAAAAGUUUAGUUAUAUUUCGAAUGAAAUGUACGUUUAAGUUCAUUAAUACAUAUUUAGUAUUUCUAGAGUGAGAAAGAGACAUGAAAUCCCUGGCACAGACGGGGCACUAGCCUGUAUCCAGUAUCUCUGCUGAGCCUGAGAGCAUUUGUCACCUCACAGGCUAAUAAAUCCAGAGAGCCAGCAGAACCCUGUCUCUAGCCCCUUACCUCUGACCCUAGAGGUGUUAACCAGCCAAAUGCUCAGCUCAGCCUCUGGGCUUUCUGGCCCACACUUCACUCUUCCAAUGGGACUGCUGCUCACACCAUGUUUGUUUACGUUAGCAUGUGUGUGCAUGUAUUUUACACGGCUCAUGCAUCUGUGCUAGGGUAUGUGGCAGGGUCUACAGACAGUCACGGACGACAAAGGGAAAACCAGACACGUCGCGGACACAGACGUCUUGCUUCCAGACAAGCUAAACACCUUUCUUCGCCCGCUUUGAUGAUAACACAGUGCCACCGACACGGCCCGCUACCAAGGACUGUGGGCUCUCCUUCUCUGUGGCCGACGUCAGUAAGACAUUUACACGUGUUAACCUUCGCAAGGCUGCUGGCCCAGACGGCAUCCCUAGCCGUGUCCUCAGAGCAUGCGCAGACCAGCUGGCAGGAGUGUUUACGGACAUAUUCAAUCUCUCCCUAUUCCAGUCUGUUGUCCCUACUUGCUUCCAGAAGUCCACCAUUGUUCCUGUACCCAAGAAAGCCAAGGUAACUGAACGAAUUGACAAUCGCCUCGUAGCACUCCUGUCAUAAUGAAGAGCAUUAAGGACUCCCGAGUGGGUCAGCGGUGUAAGGCACUGUAUCUCAGUGCAAGUGGCGUCACUACAGUCCCUGCUUCGAAUACAGGCUGUAUCACAUCCGGACGUGAUUGGGAGUCCCAUAGGGCGGCGCACAACUCGCCCAGCGUCGU